AAAACAAUGUGGAUUCAAAGUGAAGUGCCUCUCUCCUACUUCACUUUUCUCUCUCUCUCUCUCUCUCUCCUUGCACCUUGGAGUUCCUGUUCCUUUUUUUCUUCAACCUUUGAUACCACUCUUCUUCUCUUCAUAUUGUACAUAACAUAACACAUGGAUGAUGAAUAUGCUAAGCUCAUAAGAAGGAUGAACCCACCAAGGGUUGUGAUUGACAACAAUGCCUGUGAAAACGCCACUGUUAUUCAGGUUGAUAGUGUCAACAAACAUGGGAUUCUCUUGGAUGUUGUCCAAGUUAUUUCAGAUAUGAACCUUGUAAUAACAAAGGCAUACAUCUCCUCUGAUGGAGUAUGGUUCAUGGAUGUGUUCAAUGUGAUUGAUCAUAAUGGAAACAAGAUCAGAGAUAAGGAAGUCAUUGAUUAUAUUCAGAGGAGACUUGAAAACAAUCCCAGUUUUGCACCCUCAAUGAGAGAAUCUGUUGGGGUUGUACCUACUGAAGAACACACAGUAAUUGAACUUACUGGCACAGACAGGCCAGGAUUACUAUCCGAAAUCUGUGCAGUUCUGACGGACCUUCGCUGCAGUGUGGUGACUGCUGAGAUAUGGACACACAACACAAGAGCAGCAGCUGUAGUUCAUGUGACGGAUGAAUCCAGCGGCAGCGCCAUCAAGGAUCCGUCUCGCCUCUCUACAAUAAGGGAUUUGCUUUCUAAUGUUCUUAGGGGGAGUAAUGAUCCAAAGACUGCAAGGACAACACUUUCACCCCCUGGAGUUACAAAUAGGGACAGAAGAUUACAUCAGAUUAUGUUUGCUGAUAGGGACUAUGAAAGGAUUGAAAGAGCAGGAAGAGGGGGACUCAGAGAUAGAGAUAGAGAUAAACGCCCUCUACCUCAUGUAACUGUUGUAGAUUGUGUUGAGAAAGAUUACACUGUGGUUACCAUGAGAGCAAAAGAUCGACCGAAGUUGUUGUUCGAUAUUGUUUGCACUUUAACAGACAUGCAGUAUGUAGUUUUUCAUGGAGUUGUUCAGACAUUAAGGACAGAAGCUUUUCAGGAGUUUUAUAUUAGGCAUGUCGAUGGCUUUCCCAUAAGUUCGGAGGCCGAGCGUGAACGACUCGUGCAGUGUCUUGAAGCAGCAAUUGAAAGGAGGGCAUCUGAGGGGAUGGAGCUGGAGUUGUGCACGGAGGAUCGUGUUGGACUUCUCUCUGAUAUCACAAGAAUAUUUCGCGAAAACAGUUUAUGUAUCAAAAGAGCAGAAAUAUCAACAGAAGAUGGAAAGGCAAGAGAUACUUUUUAUGUCACAGAUGUUACUGGUAACCCAGUUGACCCCAAGAUUAUCGAUUCAAUUCGCAGACAGAUUGGUGACAAAGUACUGAAAGUAAAACAAAACUCUAGUCUUUCACCAAAGGCCCCUCAACCAACAACAAUUGGAUUUCUCUUUGGAAAUUUUUUCAAAGCUCGAUCUUUUCAGAAUUUUAAGUUGAUCAGAUCUUAUUCUUAAGUCCUCCUUUGUAUAUUCUCAGCAUUUUCAUCGUGUUACUUUCAAGUCAAAAAGAAAUGUAUGUAGAUAUAUAUGUAAAAAAAAUUGUAUAUAUCAAGAUUCCUCCCCCAGCAGAGGGGCUUGGAAUUCACACUGUACAGUAGAAAGCUUAAACACCUAUGUACAUAGCUUAGUGUAAAUAGUUGUAAGCAGUAGCAUGUAGCCUAGGUUGUAUAUGGAGCAAGUAGUACCUUUAGAUUAUCAAUUCCAAAAGAGUAAAUAGUGCUUUUAGGGUAAAUAGUGCUUUUAGGUGGUGUGAUUUGGAGUAGAUGUAAAUUUGGGUUUGUACAUGGUGUAAAGAGUACAUUUUGGUGGUGUAAUUUGGAGCAGAUAUAAACUUGGUAUGUACAUAAAAUUGAAUGGAUAAAAUGUAAUUAUGUGUAUUAUUGUCUUCCA